AGGACAUGGUUUAAUCAGUGAACGUUGUUCACACUUUUCGGUAGCAUGUCGAGUUCGAGUGGAAAAUGAUGCUAUCGUUUGGUACACCUCAAAAUUAUACGAUCGUAAUCAAUUAGCAUGUGUUAUGCGAAAUGAAUAUGGCGCACUUGGUAAUUUUUUUUUUUAA